AUCCUUAUUGAAAGAGGUAUUGAGAUAGAUGUGCAAGACAAAUACGGUUUUACUGCUCUUCACUACGCUGCAUGGACAGGAGAGAUUGAGAUUGUUAGAUGUCUUUUAAAUGCUGGUUCCAAUGACGCUAUCCGAAAUUUCAUCGAUCAAAGUGCUUCAGACUUGGCCAUGUCAAGAAACUAUGACGAAGUAUCAGCUUUGAUUGUAGAUUACCAUUUACAUGAUUCAGGAGUUUCUUUGUCUCCGACAUCUUCUGAAGAACGUUCUCUUAUCGAUUCGAGCGGUGAAGAUAGUUGGUACGAUGACAGUGAUGAGGAAGAUCGGAAUAUGUCCAUAAAUUCCGACAUUGGGUUGUACAGCGCAAACAAAGAUGAGUCUUCUAACUCUCCAGAAACCGAGAACAAUACCACACCUCAUAUUUCAUGGGUGGACGCAAAAACUGCGCGCGAUUUGAUGCAUGAUGAGUUCGACCGAGAUGACGAAAUAGUAGACGCUGAGGUGGUUGAGGAUGAGAAACGGUAUUUGAAACAACCUCUGUCUGAGAUUGCCACCGAUCUCGCAACGGCGUCCACCAUUUGGCUUCAAAAAACUUUUGCACACAUGCAUAUGCCAACGAUUAGUAAACCCUCAAAUAUUAAUAUCACUCUCCCCAAUAUUAAGAUGCCUAACCUUCAGAUGCCCAAUCUACAAAUGCCGAAUCUUCAUAAUUUUUCAUCACCUAAACUCUCUACAAUGACUUUUG